AUGAACCGCGAACAGUUCCGGGCUGCAGCUCAUGCUGCCAUUGACGAAAUUAUUGACUACUUCGACAAUCUCCCCUCCCAGCGCGUUCUUCCCACCGUUGAACCAGGUUACCUACGUCCCCAGAUCCCAGAGAACCCGCCCGAGGAAGGAGAAGCAUGGAUCGACAUCCAGGCAGACAUCGAAUCGAAAAUCAAGCCCGGGCUGACCCACUGGCAGUCGCCCAACUUCAUGGCAUUUUUCCCCGCGACCGUGUCCUACCCGAGUAUUCUGGGCGAGAUGUACUCGGCCGCGUUCACAGCGCCCGCGUUCAACUGGCUAUGUUCGCCCGCCUGCACGGAGCUGGAGACCAUCGUGAUGGAUUGGAUGUGUAAAGCGCUGGCAUUGCCCGCGUGCUUUCUCAGCACCUCGGAGAACCGCGGGGGAGGGGUAAUCCAGGUCAGCGCCAGUGAUUCCGUCGCAACGAUGAUGGUUGCCGCCCGGGAGAGACAUGUGCAUGAGCAGGUGAAGGCAGAAGGUCUGGAGGAAGGUACUGCGGCCUACGAGGACCGAUCGAUGGAACUGCGCCCGGCCCUGGUGGCCCUGGGCAGCGAUCAGGCUCACAGUAGCACAGCGAAGGCAGCUCUGAUUGCGGGGACACGCUACCGUAGCGUUCCUACUCGACUAGAAGACAAUCUGGAAAUGACAGGCUCAGCGUUGCGGAGCGUCCUGGAGCAAUGUGAACGGGAUGGGCUGACUCCGUACUACAUCACGUUGACCAUGGGGACGACCAACACUUGUGCGCUGGAUAGAUACGCGGAGAUCAAGGCUGUGCUGAAGGAGAAGCCAUCGUGGCAGAGAAUAUGGGUGCACAUCGACGCUGCCUAUGCAGGAUCUGCUUUGGUGGCGCCGGAAUGGCAGUACAUCGCCCAGGAAUUUGCUGAAGGAAUAGACAGCUUCAACAUGAACAUGCACAAGUGGCUGCUGGUGAAUUUCGAUGCAAGUUGCCUGUUCGUACGCAACCGGCUCGACCUCACAAACGCAUUAGACAUUACACCAGCUUACCUUCGGAAUACCUACUCGGACACAGGGAAGGUGAUUGAUUACCGCAACUGGCAGAUUUCACUGGGCCGGCGGUUCCGUGCGCUGAAAAUCUGGUUUGUGAUGCGCAGCUACGGACUCCAGGGCAUGCGCGCACAUAUCCGGAAGACCAUCGAGCUGGGCAACCUCUUUGCGGACUUGGUCCGCAGCCGGCCAGAUAUGUUUGAGAUCCUUACAAAGCCCGCAUUUGGCUUGACUGUUUUAAGAAUCAAGAGCCCAAAGGCAAGCCAGAGCGCGCCCAGUUCCGGAAUCCAACCGGAUGCGGCAAGUGAUGCUCUGACUAAGUCCGUAAGCGGACUGAUCAACCAACGCGGUGAGAUUUUCAUUACCCCCACAGUGAUCGCGGGCGUGAGUGCCAUACGAGUCGUCAGUGGGAAUGCCCAGGUGGAGGAGCCCUACAUGCGACGAGCGUUUGAUAUCUUGGUCAAGACCACCGAGGAAAUCCUUGGCGAGAACAAAUAG